AAAAAUGAAUGUCAAAAUAGGUGUAUUUACAAAUGUCAUUCACAUACAUUAUGUAUUUUGUGAAAAAUUGCCUUUUUUCAUACUAAAAAAAAUAUCAUAUUUCGAUUUUCGUACCGUACACCGUAAAUUUAGCAGAUAAACAAGACAAAUCGAAAAAUUCAAAAUCAAUCUAGUUCAGAAACGAUGGAAACAAAGGAGACGAAUGAAAUACCGACCAACGAUGACAUUGCAGCCGCUCGUCGUGAGGCUCGUCGUCGAAAAAUUUUGGAAAAUUCCAAAAGCCGCCUUUCACGAAUCACUGGCCGGGAGGACACAGAUGAAGACGAUAAAAAGACAGACAAGGAAACUGAAACACAACCCAAGGAACAAGUCAUUUACCCCGAUCCAGAAGUAGAAAGAGACGUCUAUGUACCGCAAACCACACCACCAUUCCCACCCGAAUUGUUCGGUGCUGUUGACGGUAUGGGUUCAAUCGAUGAUCGUCAGCAAUUUUUCGAGCUGUUCAAUACAUUACAACAACAAAAUUCGGGCCAAGCAAAUUCAAAUACUUUUGCUGCGUUUGCACAGUUUGGAAAUAUGGGUGGUGGCGAGGCUGGACCAAAUGCAUUUUUCGGAAAUUUAAACACCAAUGAACAACCAAAAGUACCUGAAACACCAUUACAAAAAUUUCUCAACACAAAAAUUCACAUCGGUCUAUUGGCAGUGUUAACCUAUUUAUUUAUUUUACUGACACCAUUUCAUUGGAAUGUUUUUCUUGUUUUUCUUCUCUGGGAAAUUGCUGAAAUUUUCAUUUUACGUCAGCACGAGUCAAAUUCAAAUGGUAUUAUAAAUGUUUUGUUCAUGUUGGCUGGAAUAUCGCCGGCGAAAGUAAACAUUGUCUUGAAAUGGGUUCAAUUAUUGAAUAAGGUAUUGCGGGAUGUGGCAUUGUUUAUGUUUUUCUUUGUUCUCACUCAUGUGUGCCGCGUAUAUUGGACCGGAUUGAGUCUUGUGCCAUUGAUUGAACGUAGUGACCAAAGUCAGAGAAUACCCGACAUCAUCGAUGGUAAUGCCGAUGAUGAAUUCGAACAUUUCGAACUAUAAAUUUUAGCAAACAAUUUAUACAAAAUUUUUAUUAUCCUCUAUGGUCGUCGUUCAUAAAAUGUUCAAAUCGAUUGUGGUACUUAAUAAAAUUUGAAAAGAAAUUUAUGACAACA